AUGAUGUUCCCCUGCAGCGCGCUGCCGCCGCCUCUGUACCCGGGCUUACUGCGCCCCGCGCCGGCUCUCUCCUUGCCCCUGCACCGCUCAUUCCACUCGGGCUUCCUGGUGGAAGAUCUCCUCCGGUUGAGCCAGCCGGUCAGCUACAUCCAUCGGACGUUCUCCUCCAGAGGGCCCGGGGACAUUCUCCCGCUCAGCGUGGGCCCCGGCGGCCCUCCCCGGGCGCCGGGAGCCGGCACGGAGCGCUGCGUGCUGCACAGCUCCGGCUCCGCGCAGCCUGCCAGCCCGGACUCCGGGUACCUGAAGUUCGGCGUUAGCGCGAUACUUGCCCCGCCGACGAGGAGCGUCCAGAGUCUCCAGACCAAGUCGUUCCCGUUGCCUUUCUUUGACGGAGGCCUUCAUCCCUUCAUCAGAGCUUCAUAUUUCACAGCUUCGGCCUCCGUGGUUCCCGUCCCAGGGACGUUUUCGUGGCCCCUGGCCCCCAGAGGGAAACCCCGGAGGGGCAUGCUGCGGCGGGCCGUGUUCUCGGACCUCCAGAGGAAGGCCCUGGAGAGAACUUUCCAGAGGCAGAAAUACAUCAGCAAACCAGACAGGAAGAAGCUCGCCAGUAAACUGGGACUCAAAGAUUCCCAGGUGAAGAUCUGGUUUCAGAACCGCAGGAUGAAGUGGAGGAACUCCAAAGAGAGGGAGCUGCUGUCGACGGGCGGCUGUCGCCAGCAGACCCUCCCCACCAAAACCAACCCCCACCCGGACCUCACGGACGUGGGCGGCGCCCAGUGCCACGGGCUGGACGGCCACGAGGCACGUCUUCACCACCACCGCCGCCAUCAUCGCCACCAUCUCUCCUCGCCUUCAGGGUCCGGCAAACAGUCGGAGCUCUCCGAGUCAGACGGCGAAGAAAUCACCGUGUCAUAA